GCGCCUCCCUCCCAGCCCUGACGAGGAAGCAGGGCCCGGCCGCUCUCCUUUUCCCAUGGGGCUUCCCAGCACACAAUGCCGCCCCACCCUCCCUAGCCACGGAGCAGCAGCCACGGAGGAGCUGGGGGGACAGGAGGCACUUACCGAGUACAUGGGGGUCCCUCGCCGGACGGCGCCACUGACUGCAGCCGCCAUGGCCAGCUUCUCCUGCCGGCAGCCGUUGCCUGGCUAAGCCCUCUCCUUCCCAGCUGGCUCCCUCCUCCGGGGGCCGGCAGAGCCCAUGAACCCGCCCCUGCGCCCGUCCUCCUCGCCUCCCUGCCCGGCGGCUCUUCCAGCGCGGACUUCAGGAGGAGGGAGUAAGGAGAGAGGGGAUGGGCGGAAGUGCUCUGUGGGCGCCGCCAUCUUGCCGGGGUGGUGGCCGAGCGAGGACAAACCUCCUCCUACGGCGCGUUGCGGAUGGACUAAGUGAGCCGGCGAGGAGGAGGAGGAGGAGGACUCGAGCAUGGCGGCGACCCCGGCGGCUGGAUGCGAGCUGAAGCCGGGGGAGGACGACAGGGAGGAGAAGGGCUCCGCCUCGGUCAGCUGCCUGCUCGACGCCGUCUUGAGCUCCUUGUACGACUUCGGUGCGUGAAUGGCCGCGUGCGGGGAGUUGGCGCUUUGCAAGUUGCUCCAGACUCACCACCCUCCUCACCCCCGGAAACUUCUUGCAAGCGUCUCUCUCAGACUCGGGCUGCUCUCGUUUCUUCGGCACAUGCUGCUUUCAGACGUUACAAAAUUCCCGUGCAGCGCUUCCCGGGCCACAUGCACACCAUGCCUUUAAGAGCAGCGGUCCUGGCUUCCCACCCGCAAGGAUUUUGGGAGCUGUAGUUUUAAGGGUGCUGAGAGUUGUUAGGACUCCCCUCUCUCCGAGCUCCCUAGGAAGACGAGGGAUUGACUGUUAAACUACUCUGAGAAUUGUAGCUCUGGGGCUUCCUGACCCUUCUCAGCACCCUUCACAAACUACAGCUCCCAGGAUUGUUGAGGGGAAGCCAUGACUUGAAAGUGGUCUCAUGCAUGGUGCUUUAAGUGUAUGCUGUAAUUGUGGACCCAGUGUAUAGGGAAACACGUGUGGUGCUUGGCUGGGGUUUGUUCCGUUUUGCCAUCCCGGCUAUUAGGCAGAUACAUGGAGGAUUAGCUUUUAAUCUCCACUGUGAAAGGCAGUAUGCUUCUAAACAGGAGUUGUUUUGAUCCGGUCCUGCUGUGUGCUUCCCACGAGAAUCUGGUUGGCCACUGUGAGAACAGGAUGCUGGACUAUUUGGGCCAUUGGCCAGAUCCAGCAGAGUCAUUCUUAUGCUCUUACUUUGGUUUUACUUCUGGAAAACAGCUGAGUCUUCUUCAGCACUUUUGCAAAGGCAUGCUGCUUCAAUGGAACAUUAGAACUUCUUUUAGAAAGCAGGCAGCUUAUGAUACGGCUUAAACUAAUUGGUUGCUACUAGAAUUGUUAAAACAAUAAAGUAGUAAAGCAGAUACUAGUUCAGCAAAGAUGUUUGCAACUCCAAAUCCAGCAGGCCAGAGUGGAUCAAAACUGGUGUAGGAAAGUAAUCAAAAUUGCCACCUCAGGAACCUCUCUGAGGCUUUUUAGUUCAGUGUCACAAUGUCAGAACACAGGGUGGUGGUGAAGGUCUCUCUUCCUUAACCACAAUCUAUAUUCAUUGUUGUCCUAUGGUUACAGGUCACUCCCUGAUUUCAUAGGUUCCAAAAUAAAUGGUCUUUUCAUAUUUUCCUCCAGGGCCCAGUGGCGUAGCGUGGGGGGUGCAGGGGGGGCCGGCCGCACCGGGCGCAACAUCUGGGGGGGGGUGCGCUCGCACUCGCAGCUCUCUGCCCCUACCUGGCUCACUCACUCUCUCUCACUGCAGUGCUGGCUGUGCAAAUCUGAUCCGAGCCGCUGGGUCGCCGCCCACUGUGGAGGGGGUGGGUGCCAGGCGUGCGGUGCGGAGAGAGAGCGAGGGACUAUCUGGGGGAGGGACAGUGCAGCGGCCGCCCAGCGCAGCUCUGAGCGCGGGAGAGAACCACACCAGACCAGCCCAGGCAGCAGCAAGAAGAAGCUGGCAGCGGCGGCAGGUUAAGGGUUAGGGGGCGCAAAUUACUUGCCUUGCCCCGGGUGCUGACAACCCACGCUACGCCGCUGCCAGGGCCCCAUCCACUUAUAGAUUCCCUGCACUUAAAACUAAAACAUUUUUUAAAAUUAAAGCGGGAGAGAUUUUGUGUGUGUUUCCUACGUGGUUUGUGGAUGUGAUCUCUCUAAAUAGUAAACAUUCAUUUUAUAUUUAAAAAAUGAUGUGGUAUCCAAAAUCAUUCCAAUGCCUUUGUUCCAAUGCCUCUGCUAACCAUUGUUCACUUUUAAACCACAGGUGAAUCAUUACCGGAUGGGGGUGGAAAGAAAAAGAGCAAAAAGAGAAAUUCAAAUGAGAAGUUAACAUUGGCGGUCAGCAAAACUCAAGUGGAAAAUAAAAGCAUGAUUCCUGAAUCUGGUGCAGUACCUUUUGGUAAGAAGAAUAGUGCUUCCAGUUUCUUUGAGAGUCUGAAAGAUGAACUGGCUUAUGACUGUAUUCAUCAGAAAAGCACUAUCCCCAAAUCCAGUUCCCCUGAUGCUGAUACAUGUAAAUCUGCUCGGUUGGGAAACACAUCAGAGAUUGAAGUUGUGACAUUUCAUGGUCGACCUAGAAAGAAGAAAGCUAAACUUGAAAUUGCUGAAGAUGGUGGUUCUAAGGUAAAGUUAACCAGAUUUCAGAUCAGACCAGCUACAGGUUCUUAUUCACUCCAGUUGACUAAAUGAGUGGCUGUUUACAAGCCUGUUUCCGUCUACAGAACUCUAAACAAGUUGCCCUAAGCAUGUUCACUUAGUAAAUAAGACUUACUGGAAACAUUUGGACAAACAUAUCUCAGCUUAAACCUUUUGCCCAUGCAUGCAGUUCCAUUGUCUCUCGUUCAUACAACUAGUCAAACCAAGAAGCCUCUAAUUAAACACAUUGUUCUGUUUUGUCUGAACCAGGGAGCUGUGUUUUGCAGCUUUGGAACAAUCAAAGAUAUUAAGACAACUGUAAACCAUAGUUUUAUCAUCUGGCUUGUUCCGAAGCCAAUACAGUAACUAUUGGUUCCCUGAGAACCUUUGGUUAAUCAGAUGCCUCCUGGUUUGACUGCUUGCACUGUGAAGGGAGGGGCAAAGCAGCUGUAUGAGCAGGCAUAAGUCUCUGAAAAGGAGCAAGGCCACUGUGUUUAGUUGGACACAUUUCAUAAUAAAUGGGCUCAGGAUUGCAGCCAAACAGAACUGAAAGUACUCUAGCAUAAGCUGUAGAUAAGACUGUAAAUCUACAUGGUUUGCUUUUAUGUGUAUAUUUUGGAAUUGUGACAAAAUUUGAAACCUCAAGGAUACUUGUUUUAUAGAAUAAAGGCGAAAUAACAGGUAUAAGUACUGGCAGAACUCAUGUAUGUUUUAUUAGUAUAUUUGUAAAAUCCUGUGGAUAAAUAAGAUAGUGGAAUCGGUUAUGAAUCUCUUUAUGGCCUCUGAAAUGAAAUUCUGCUCCUAAUCUUAUUUCUUUAGAAGGAUGGCUUUUAAAAGUAUGAAAUCUGGGUUAAAAAACUCAGUUGGUUGGUAUAACAGUAGCCUUUAUAUAAUGUUCUGGAAUUAUAUGUUUAAUGGUAAUAUAAGACACUCCCCAGGUCUUUUCUUUUUUUUUAAGAGGAUAAUAACAAUUUACUAUUUAUAUGCUGCCCAUCUGACUGGGUUCCUCCAGCCACUUUGGGCAGCUUCCAACAAAUUAAAACACAAUACGACAUCAAACAGAUGUCUUCUAAAAGUCAGAUAGUUUAUUUCCUUGCUACAGUGGAAUUUUUAGGUUUAUAUCAGCUGUAAAGGUUUUGGGGUUUUUUUUGCUGAGUCAGGAUUUUGGUUUAUCUACUUCUGUGUUAAUUCUUCAUGCAAUAAAGUACUAUCUUAUUUUACAGUGUUACCCACACUCAAGACUUCUGUGGUCCUAUGCUAGAUUCUGACCCAUUUUUAGCAAUGUUUGCAUUAGACAUUCCAGUUCCACUCCACUUCUUUCUUGUAUCUCACGCCGCUGGUACAGUAGCCUCCUACUGAAACUGGCUUCUGAUUGGUGGUUCAACAAGAUGUCAUGAUGGGUGCUGGAUUGCCAAACACAAGCAUUGUGUGGUAAUUAAGUCUAAGCUGCAUGGUUUCAUUCCCAGAAUUUUAUCAUCAGUUUUUGGGUGUAUAGACAUGUUCUAUAGACAAGUGCUUAGGGCUCUUGCAGUACUGGUUUACGUCAUGUGAAUGUUGCAAGGAGCUUUGUAAAAGAUAGAAUGAGCAUUGUAAUUAAAUUAGAACAACAGUUGAACUCCUGAAAGCAUCUGUGUGCAUGAUGACUAUUGUCUUCUAAAAAGAAAAAUAAUUGCCAGUUUUGACCCUGCAGAAUCUCUUUACAUGUUUGAAAAUUAAUAGAGUAUAUAUUUGGUAAUGUCUCUAUCUGUGAACCAUGUAUCCUGACCCACGUCAUUGCUAACAGGGCAUAUUGAUGAGAGAGCCCUGUGAUGCUUUCAUUAUAUUCAUUCAUUGUCUGUCUACUUCCUAAGGCUAUGAGAAGGUAGCAUGUUUUAUUUAAUAUCAUAAAAGCCUUGAAAGAUAUAUUACCUUUAUUCCCAUUUUACAGAUGACCUACUGAGGCCAUGAGAUCAUGACUUGCCAGCAGUCUAAGGCACAGCAGAUAUUUAAAUUAGACUCUAGGCCAAAGUGCUGUAUUGUAUUGAUCUGGUGCAUAGAUAAACAAGCUAUCAUUCAAGUUAUCAUUACAUGGCUGUCGUUCAAGUUGUAACUUCACUUCUCUGUCUCUGGGCAAACAGAACAAAACUUCAGCAUUCAUGCACCUCCCACAAGCACAUAUAUAGUGUGCUCAUUUGACAGAAGAAAUUGAUUAGGACUCUGGUUAUUGGGUUAGGGGUUUUUAAUUUAUCUCUCCCUUAAUCUGAACAAAUUCUAGGUUCAAAAAAUGUGAUGGGAAAUUGCAGCAAGAAUUCUUAUUUUUGCAAUCUAUUUAUUUUUGCACUUUAUUAAAAAUAGAUUUUACACAGUAAAUACUACCCUCAAAUUCCGAACAGAGUGAAUGAAAUGUUUACCAAUAUCCCACCAGAAUGCCUCUUAAUUGCUUUCUAGCAGCUGUAAACCUGGGCUCAGGUAGACAUCCGCUGGAAAUAUGUUACAUAAAAUUGAUUCAUCCCCUGCUGAUCUUGCAGCGAAGGUACUCUAACCAAAACAAAUGAAGCAAGGCGUUCUCUGACCUAAAAAAUAUAGGGCUGUAGCACUUUGCAGUGGUUCAAGUCCUAUUUGAUGAGCAUCCAAAGGUCUUUUAACAAGAGUUGCCAUUACGUCUGGCCACCUCCUGAUGUGAGGGUGCAGGUUAUUUGAAAACAUUUACAGAUGCAGUUGAGAUCUUAGCAACCCCAACAACCAGGCUUUUAUGUUUUGUCGAAAAUAAGAGCUAUGGUAAAAAAAAAAAAAAGAUCUCAGGGCAGGUUUUGACUGGGGGGAAAUGCUUAAACAGUUCAAGUUUGUAAACUGUUUUGUAACCACUGGUGCUGUUUGUGGAGACAUUGAGGAAUGUGAAUGAACUGACUAUUAUGAGAAUAGGCAAAACACCUUCUGCUCUCCUUUCUUGCAUGAAACGGACAGAACAGGUUCUACAUAUCUGUAGACAUAACAACGGCAUUUUUGAAUAGAACUGACUCCCAAUGCAAUGUGAGUAAAAAAUGGGCAGAGGGCUUCCCUGAAACCACAUGGCACUGGCUGAGACAUGGAAUUGCAGAAGACUAUUGUUGUUGUUUAAUCGUUUAGUCAUGUCCAACUCUUCGUGACCCCAUGGACCAGAGCACGCAAGGCACUCCUGUCUUCCACUGCCUCCCGCAGUUUAGUCAAACUCAUGCUGGUAGCUUGGAGAACACUAUCCAGCCAUCUCGUCCUCUGCCGUCCCCUUCUCCUUGUGCCCUCCUGCUUUCCCAACAUCAGGGUCUUUUCCAGGGAGUCUUCUCUUCUCAUGAGGUGGCCAAAGUAUUGGAGCCUCAGCUUCACGAUCUGUCCUUCCAGUGAGCACUCAGGGCUGAUUUCCUUAAGAAUGGAUAGGUUUGUCCUUCUUGCAGUCCAUGGGACUCUCAAGAGUCUCCUCCAGCACCAUAAUUCAAAAUCAUCAAUUCUUUGGCGAUCAGCCUUCUUUAUGGUCCAGCUCUCACUUCCAUACAUCACUACUGGAAAAACCAUAGCUUUAACUAUACAGACCUUUGUUGGCAAGGUGAUGUCUCUGCUUUUUAAGAUGCUGUUUAGGUUGGUCAUUGCUUUUCUCCCAUGAAGCAGGCGUCUUUUAAUUUCGUGACUGCUGUCACCAUCUGCAGUGAUCAUGGAGCCCAAGACUAUUACAAAGGUGCUAUGUGAUCUUUUCAUUCCUUUUGGGGAUGGGUGGGUGUGUUUGGCCUAUCUUGUUGAUAAGGUUAAAUACUUCCACCCACAACGAACAGAGACUAGAUUUCCUCCAGUGUAAGGCAUACAAACAGAACAUCCUGGGAGGGCAAACAUUUUGCUGUUUGUAUCCCGGAAAAUGAGACCCACAGAGUAGGAAAUGGUGAUGGUGGCUCUGAAUUACACAGUCCUUUAGUUUGAACAACAUGCCAAAUGGUAUUUAACUAAGUUGGCUCAUGUCAAGUUUGUGGUCAACCAAGACUCCUAGAUCCUUUUCACAUGUACUGCUCUCAAGCCAGGUGUCACCCAUCUUGUAUUUGUGCCUCUCAUUUUUUUUGUCCAAGUGCAAUACUUUACAUUUCUCCCUGUUAAAAUUCAUCUUGUUUGUUUUUGCCCAGUUCUCUAAGAGUACAAUGGGCAGAGAAGCACUUUUCGCAGUCUUCAUGUUUCAGUAUACUAAGUUAACUUUUUAAAACACUUGUUUGUCAAGGUUACAGAUAUCAAACAAAGGACGUAAUUCAAGCAAAUUUGAAGUGACAUUUUGUGUUAAACUUUAUAUAUUCUGUUAAGUAAAAGUUAUAGAUGUUCUUUUUCUUUUGUUGGAGCUGUGCCAGAAGCAUGCAAAUCAAUGUGCUGGAAAUGCAUGUGCUAUUUUAGCUCUGCAGCACAAUCCUACAUGCCUUCUCAAAAGUAAGUCCCACGGAUCUCAACUCAGCUUACUUCCAAGAAAUUAUCAGUAGGAUUAAAGACUUAAUAUGUUUGCUUAAAUAAAGAAUCAGUUGUUCUCUUUUAGUAAGAGCUGUAUUAUAGCUCUUAAUCAAAAGCUGUCCAAAAUAAAAGUUUACGCUUUUAUGCCAUAACCCUGGAAUCAUGUGACUCUGCAACCACUGCCAUAAUCUAGUUGUGUGGCAAAAUGCACUUCGUUUCAAAAUGCUGUUUUGUAUUUUUUUUAAAUAGGCAGAAUUGACUGUUCAAGAAAACCAUGCCGCUGACCAAGAAUUUAACUUGGAAAAAGUAAGUCUUCAUUGUUUUUCUGUUUCAAUGCAUGCAGAUGGCUGAUGUCUCAAAGAGACUGCAGAUAAAUCUGUAUUGGGUAUUGAAUUAUGAAAUGCUUUAUCCCUAAAUGAUUGCUCUACCAGUGUUCAACGUGCACAGUAUUUUGAUGGUUGCUAGAAAAAGGUGGUUGUAUACCUGUAGGGAUCCUGGGUUGUCAGAAUGCCAUAGUGACAGUCUCUAUGUCAAAAAGAAAAUCGAUUAAACCUCCAAAAUGAAACAGGGCACACAUAAAUGGGAGUUCCUUCUACAGGUAUAAAGGUUCCCUGUGUUGCCCAAACUAAUCUUGCAAUUUUCUUUUAGGAUUCUAGGGGAUUUGUGUGGGAUUUGGAAAGGGCAUGCACAGAACUCUGAAAAAGAAAAUCCAUGAAAUUGUGCUCUGGGAGUGGGGGAGAGAGGAUUAGGCUGAGCUAUGUUCAGUAGGCCCAUUCCCAAAUAAGUGGACAUAGAUUUGCAGCCAAAUGCAAUUUAUUUGAUACUGGUAGCAAGUUGUCUUCCAUGUUUGGUUAUAUUUGAGAUCAAGAGAUGUUUGUGAAGAAAAAUUGCUCUUGCAAACCCCAGAGGGAGAAAUGCCCAUAGAAGUGGUGGAUAAUUCCAUCAAAUGCCUCAUUCUCCUCAUACUGCGUUUUAGUUUUGCCAAAUGUUGGUAUCCUAUACUGUUCCUCUGAAAACACGAUUGUGUCACGCUAAUCAUGCGCUUUUAGUUCUUUUGAAGAUGCUAUUAACCAUUUUUGUAAUGUGCUAGGCCCGUUUGGAAGUGCACCGGUUUGGAAUCACUGGUUUUGAGAAAAAAGAGCAGCGAGUUAUGGAACAAGAACGUGCAAUCAUGUUGGGAGCAAAGGUAUUGUGUCUCUUUCUCUGCUGAGCUAUAAAAAGAGGACAUAAUUCUUCCCACCAGAAGACUCUGGAUAGAACUUGGCAUGGCAGUUGCACACCCAAGAGAUCACUGCCAAACAGCUGGAAGGUAGUAGCAUUAGGGAUUUUCCAGAGAAGGCAAGAGCAGGAGAGUGAGUAUUGAACUUUUCCUCUGCCUGCCACUACCUUCAGCCCUUACCUGCCACCCCUGCUCCAGUUUUCCUUCCAGUCACUGAGCCUGCAGGCAAGGGGCAAAUGGUAGGGCUCUCUGUCUUCUGUUUUUCUGCUGGAAACCACUCCUCACAUCACCACUACUGCUGUUAGGCAAGAAGGUAAAGGUAAAGGGACCCCUGACCAUUAGGUCCAGUUGUGGCCGACUCUGGGGUUGUGGCGCUCAUCUCGCUUUACUGGCCGAGGGAGCCGGCGUACAGCUUCCGGGUCAUGUGGCCAGCAUGACUAAGCCGCUUCUGGCGAACCAGAGCAGCGCACGGAAACGCCGUUUACCUUUCCGCCAGAGCGGUACCUAUUUAUCUACUUGCACUUCCUGCUUUCAAACUGCUAGGUUGGCAGGAGCUGGGACUGAACAACAGGAGCUCGCCCUGUUGCGGGGAUUCGAACCGCCGACCUUCUGAUCAGCAAGCCCUAGGCUCUGUGGUUUAACCCACAGCGCAACCCGUGUCCCUUGUUAGGAAAGAACUCUAGAAUAAAAACUUAUUCUGGUAUUGCAAGCUCAACACACCCAGAGCUGAGUUUGAACCAGGGGUUGUAAAGGGCUGAACUCUAGAAUCAGUUUUUAUUCUAGAGUUCAGUCCCUGGUUCAAACUCAGCUCUGGUUGUGUUGAGCUUUCAAUACCGGCAAUGCAUUUGCUUCUAACUGGGAAAAUAGUGGGUGGGGGUUCUUGGUUGCAUUUCUGGCAAAACAGUCCCCAGUUCAUUUUUUAAAACGUUUCGGUGAUAUGAGUCAGAAGGCUGGAAACCAAGCCAAUCCACACAUCCCAGAAAGUCAUACCUGUGUUAGUAAAGGGGGCCUGUUUUAAUGGCAUCCCCAAAGUUAAAUAAUCAAAUUCAGAUGUUUUAAUAUUUAAAGAAGCCAAGAAUCCUCCUUUGGAGAAGGUUGCACCGUCUGUUAAGUUUCUGCUUCAGACUGCCUUUACCUUUUGUAUUGAUUUGCAUGUUGGUGAAAUGAGUCAUUUUUGAAAUUGUUGCAGCCUCCUAAAAAGCAGUAUUUGAACUACAAGAUUCUGCAGCAGAAAAUCAAAGAAAUGAAAGCAGCAAAGAAGGAAGAAAACAUGACGGUUUGUGUCAAAUGUUUCCUAUGAAAACAAAAUGCAAAGUCCAGCAGCCACUUGCUGGAUAAAAGUUCAGGUUUCCACAAGGAUGAACACUGGAAAAUCUAGUGUGGGGGUUUCUGAUGAAGCCACACCAGUGCCCACAGUUGGAUAAUAACUGUGUCAUGUGCCUGGCAUAGUGGCUGUUCUAAUCAACACUCGUUGCAAUUGGGAGCCAUGUUUGAUUGACUCCGGAGACUACUGGCUAGCUGCUAAUGUAUACUUACUGCUUUUCAUUAACAGGAAAAUAAACCUAAUUCUCUCAAGAGGCAGAAGAAAAAAGGGCCCGAAGAAAGGUGAGACAGUAUUUACGGAAGUACAUCAAUGAGUAGUAAAAGAAACUGGAUCUGUUUUCAGCUUUGCUAAUGAAGACACAGUAACCGAAUGUCAGGCUAGGAACCAUAAAAAUGCUCAAGGCGUGUGCAAGGGCCUAGGCUUUCCCUGGGGGAAUGACUUCUUUUACACAUAAUGCUAAUUCGUAACUAACUGCUAAGGAAAUGCACCUUGGUGAAUCUUGGAUUCACAUAUAUCCCUGCCCCCCUUCUGCUCUUCCCCCUGUAGCCGCAAGGACAUAAGAAGGAUCUGCUUUUAAAUUAACCAGUGUUCUUCAUUAUGUCUGAAGUUGAGGGAACUCUGGUUUGUUCAAAUCGAGGAUGGAGGACCUUUUCGAGCCAAAGGGUUGCAUACCCUUCUGGGUAGCUUGCUGGGGACCACAUAUCAGUGGCGAGUGGGCCCAGAAGUAAAAGUGGAUGAAACAAAGAGUGUCAAUUCACCUUUGUACACUAGAGUAAUUUCUAAAUGCACUCAACUCAUCCCUCUCUGUCCUCAAUCCAGGGAGGCAAGGGGCAUUGCCCAGGUCAAGGAAACGUUCUAAGCAGGCAAAAAUACUCAAGGAGGGUGUUUAGGGACAAGCGGGAGUGUGGCUGGGGAGGGAACAUGACCUGAGGAGAGUCCUGAGGGCCAUACAGACAGGCUUCAAGGGCCACAUUCAGACCCUGGCUCAAGGCUCCCAAACACUGGUUUAAAUGAAAAUUGGUUCUAUCAGGCCAAGAUCAAACCAUUGUUUAUGAUCCUUGCUAGUAAGCCACACUUUAAACUAACCAGCAUUUCCCAAGUCUGGACAUAACAGGAAACUCUAGUUAGAUAACAACUGGAUAUUUCCACUGUCCUCCGCAUGGCAACUCUAGGAGAGGAGGAGCAUGUGAGCCCGGUGCUCUUUGCUUCUUAUGCACCACGCCCUGAAUUAUGGAUUAAUAUUGUAUGCAAAAUGGGUCAUUGACUAUUUCUUAGAACUGCAGCCUUCUAUGCCAUUUCACAAUCUGCUUUUAGUCCUUUUAGUUUCAAAAGUGAAUUUCCAUGUUACAUAGAGAGCUGUAACAUGGGACAUGUAGAACUAAUUACAGGAAUCUUUGGAUCCUGAACUAAAUUUUUUCCUUUAAGAAUAGAAGAAUACAAAACAGGUUUUGUUUGGUUUUGAACACACUACUGUGAUCUCCUCAGUAUAAAACUCUGAUAGUGUGUUUUCUGCCAAUCUUUUCGCAUCCUAAACAGGUAGUAAUUUUAGCUACAUUGUUGUAUUUGGAUUUAAAGCAUACCUAUCUUAAAACAUUUCUUGUGAAACCUAAAAAUGGUUAGUAUUUUCGUUAGCAUCUGAUGAUACUUUUCUUUUAAAAGCAGAAAAUCGAAAAAGAAGAAGAAGCAGAGUAUGUUACCAACGGGGCAGGUUGGAACUUUUAAAAACGGCACUCUCAUACUUCGAAGUUCUGACAUAAAGAAAAUAAAGUCUUCUAAAGUCAUUAAGUAACGUCACUGCAUCAUGUUCAAAUGGAAAAUGAAAUGGAUAAACUUUGUAGCAAAAUAAACUUUUUUUAAAAAAAAC